AUGGUUUAUGAAGCCAUUGAACCUAUCGCCUUGCCCCCCAUGGACCCCGCCACCCUGCCCCGUUGGCCACUCACUCCUCCCGAUCCCUCGGACCCCGAGCCUUCCACGACGAAAGAUGUGUCCUCGGUAGUAACGGCCAUCCAUGUCAUAUCCACCGAACGCGCUGCCCUCGCGCAUCUGGAACGUCUCUAUCAGACAGAUGCGCGGGCGCAGCAGGAUCUCGCCAGAGCGGUGGACCUGAUUGCGCGUAGUGUGCGUGAAGCGGGCAAGCUGGUGGUUUGCGGCGUUGGGAAGAGUGGAAAGAUCGGUCGCAAGAUCGAGGCGACUAUGAAUAGCCUCGGCAUCUACAGUGCUUUCUUGCAUCCGACGGAAGCUUUGCAUGGGGAUUUGGGAUUGGUUCGGCCGCAUGAUACGAUGCUUUUGAUCUCAUUCUCUGGUCGUUCUCCUGAGCUUCUUACGCUGCUUCCGCAUAUUCCCGCUACUGUCCCAGUUAUCGCUCUGACAUCGCAUACGGAACCUUCAGCGUGCCCGUUACUUGCAUUCCAUGCUCCUUCUGGCAUGGGAGUUCUUCUCCCAGCUCCCAUUCAUGAACACGAGGAAGCUUCUCUUGGGGUGAGCGCCCCGACCUCAUCCACAACGGUUGCGCUGUGUCUUGGAGACGCUUUAGCUAUCGCUGUAGCGCGGAAGCUGCACACUGCUCCAGGAAGAGGCCCGGCCGAUGUCUUUCGGAGCUACCAUCCAGGUGGCGCCAUCGGUGCUGCAACUGCAGGGACACCGCUGACUACCCCGUCAAGCGGUGCUUCCACGACUUUUGACUCCCCCUCUUCAUCCAUAUCCUUCCCAUGGGAAGAUCUAAGUGGCAACUCAUCAAAUUCACCCUUCACACUGCAACCACCUCCGGAGCAACGGCGGAUUUCAAUGGAUAUGCUCGUUCCUCUUGAUCAAAUCCCCACUGCCUCAGCUUCUCCAUCACAACCCUGCAGCGAUCUCCGAUUACUCGACAUCCUUCUCACGGCUAUUCAGCAUCCCAAUGCCAAAUCUUGGGUAUUCUUGUCCCCGUCUGAAAUUGUCCCUCCAAGACGAAUUCGUUGUCUUCUCUCACACCAUACCAAUGUCGACAUACGAGUUUCCGAUGCCGUGGCGAAAGAUUUCGGGCGCCCGUUGGCUGUAAAUAAAGCCAAUUGGCUGUUGGUCCCAGAGUCCAUCUCGCUUGCUGAAUUGCGGCGUGUUGUGUCCACAUCCCGAACCGAGCCAGACUCGACAAGAGUCAUUGCCGUUAUGAAGGACCCUGCCUACCCCGCCAGUUGCAUUGGGGUUAUGGAGGUGGAAGACCUAUUAGCAUGA